AUGUCAGGCCUAUAUGAUUCAAGUAAUGUGUCGGACCCUCCACCUAUUGCAGAAUUGUCUCCUCCUGAUCAAUCGAUUGCACUUCAAAAAGGUGAAGCACUUUCUUAUCCAGGAUGGCGACAAGCUAUGAUGACAAGAUGUCUACUUACUGCGAGUGGUACUUGGGAGCUUGUUCCUCUUUUUUCAGAUCACUCUGUGUUUUAUAGACAUUUUGCUCCAGCUCAGUGUAUUUAUUUGGUGGUUUUUGUUGAUAGUAUCGUUAUAACUAGCAAUGAUCAAGAUGGUAUUGAGAUUGCCCAAUCUAGGUCUGUUUUGCAAUGCAAGUAUGCCUCAGACAUUCUCGAGGAGACAGUAAUGAUGGGAUGUAGACCCACUGACACUCCUAUGGAUCCGAAUGCUAAACUCCUGCCAAGACAGGGGGAGCCACUCAGUGAUCUUGGAAGAUAUAGGCCCUGGUUGUUGGAUCCUGGCAAAGGACUGCUCUCUGAGGAUCGAGGCCAUGAGCAGAUCGUUGGAUAUACAAACGCUGAUUGGGCAGGAUCACCUUCUAUGGACGUUCUACAUCUAGAUAUUGUGUUUUAUUGCUCAGAAAAACUAAACUUUGGAGAAAUCAAUCAGAUAGAACUUGUGUGUGAUAACAAAGAAGCCCUUCAUGUAGCAUCAAAUUUGGUAUUUCAUGAGAGGACUAAGAUCAUUGAGAUUGACUGUCAUUUUGUCAGAGAAAAAAUACUCUUCGGAGAUAUUGUUACAAAAUUUAUGAAGUCAAGUGAUCAUCUUGUAGAUACUUUCACCAAGUCCCUCACUGGUCCUCGUAUUAGUCACAUCUGUAAAGAGCUCGGUAGAUAUGACUUGUAG